GUUGGCUGCGUCCGGUCCCUGGCUGGCUCUGGGGGAGGAAAAUGCACUUUGGCGGCUGUUCGCUUCCUUCCUGCCAGUCCUGCGAUCGGCCACCUCCGCCGGUGCCGCCUGCGUACGCCCCUCCGCUGGGCCCUCGGUUUGGGAAGCUGCAGUUCUGCAAUUAGCGGUUCCUGGAGCCCGAAUUUGAAUUCAGAUGAAGUGAUUGAGAAGAAACAGUGAACAUCCUCCUUUUACAGAUAAGACAACAUGGAUCAGCCUUUUACUGUGAAUUCUCUGAGAAAGUUAGCUGCUAUGCCUGACCAUACGGAUGUUUCCCUGAGCCCAGAAGAGCGAGUCCGUGCCCUAAGCAAGCUUGGUUGUAAUAUCACCAUCAGUGAAGACAUCACUCCACGACGCUACUUUAGGUCUGGAGUAGAGAUGGAGAGGAUGGCGUCUGUGUAUUUGGAAGAAGGAAAUUUGGAAAAUGCCUUUGUUCUUUAUAAUAAAUUUAUAACCUUGUUUGUAGAAAAGCUUCCCAACCAUCGAGAUUACCAGCAAUGUGCAGUACCUGAAAAGCAGGAUAUUAUGAAGAAACUGAAGGAGAUUGCAUUCCCAAGGACAGAUGAAUUGAAAAACGACCUUUUAAAGAAAUAUAACAUAGAAUACCAAGAAUAUUUGCAAAGCAAAAACAAAUAUAAAGCUGAAAUUCUCAAAAAACUGGAGCAUCAGAGAUUGAUAGAGGCAGAAAGGAAGCGGAUUGCUCAGAUGCGCCAGCAGCAGCUAGAAUCUGAGCAGUUUCUGUUUUUUGAAGAUCAACUCAAGAAGCAAGAAUUAGCCCGAGGUCAGAUGCGAAGUCAGGAAACCUCGGGGCUGUCGGAGCAGAUUGAUGGGAGUGCUUUGUCCUGCUUUUCCACGCACCAGAACAAUUCCUUGCUGAAUGUAUUUGCAGAUCAACCUAAUAAAAGUGAUGCAACCAAUUAUGCUAGCCACUCUCCUCCUAUAAACAGGGCCUUAACGCCGGCUGCUACUCUAAGUGCUGUUCAGAAUUUAGUGGUUGAAGGACUGCGAUGUGUAGUUUUGCCAAAAGAUCUUUGCCACAAAUUUCUGCAGCUGGCAGAAUCUAAUACAGUAAGAGGAAUAGAAACCUGUGGAAUACUCUGUGGAAAACUGACACAUAAUGAAUUUACUAUUACCCAUGUAAUUGUGCCAAAGCAGUCUGCGGGACCAGACUAUUGUGACAUGGAGAAUGUGGAGGAAUUAUUCAAUGUUCAGGAUCAACAUGACCUCCUCACUCUAGGAUGGAUCCAUACACAUCCCACCCAAACUGCAUUCUUAUCCAGCGUUGAUCUUCACACUCACUGCUCCUAUCAACUCAUGUUGCCAGAGGCCAUUGCCAUUGUUUGCUCCCCAAAGCAUAAAGACACUGGCAUCUUCAGGCUUACCAAUGCUGGCAUGCUUGAGGUUUCUGCUUGUAAAAAAAAGGGCUUUCAUCCACACACCAAGGAGCCCCGGCUGUUCAGUAUAUGCAAACAUGUGUUGGUAAAAGACAUAAAAAUAACUGUGUUGGAUCUGAGGUGAUAUGUUCUGAAUAUAAGCACCAUCAACAUCAGAUACCUACCCAUGGACAAGUGGUUGCCGGAUUUUCUUAAGAUGUUUCCAGAAAAGACUCAUAUUUUAUAUUUAUAUAUUUUAGAUUAGAAAGCUUGAUAUUUAUUAUUGUUGCACAUUUUGAAGUUUUUUUUUUUUGGUUGCUCUGUGUCAAGAAAGGUUACAUGGUGUUAAAUCAUUAAUGUACCCAACUACUAUGACCAGGUAAUAAAUUGUGCUGCGAACAA